CUUACAGCAAUCAUGCAUGGUGAUGCUGAAGGCAUUCAGGUUGAAACAACCCUUCAAACAAGAGGAAAAUUCAAUCGGACUUCGUAUCCAAUGCACAUGCGUGUAGCAGGAUGGAGGUCUUUCUAUGGCCCCGGAGAAGGUGUAUGGGUCUCUCGAGCAUAUAAAGAACAAACCAGCUCUUUUCCAAGUCUCUCUUCCACCGUUCACAAUGAAGCUCAGUGUCUCCUCCGUCAUGGUGGCUACCACCCUUCUCUCCGCCGCCAACGCCGCGUUCCCCUCCCUUCCCAACAUCCCGGAAAGUUGCCUGGAAAUCCCCAAGGUCCUAGGCAACAAGCCUCUGCAGCUCUUGGAGUACUUCCACAAGGAAGUCUGCGAGCAGAACUGCACCGCCACCAUCAACCAGCACAACGCCUACAUCCAUAACCAGGUCCUUCCCCAGCUCAUCCAGUCCGUGGACCAGAGACUGGGGAUCUCUGCCGCUGAGCAGGCGCAGUUCAAGCAGCUCCACACCGAGGCCGUGGCGGCUGUCCAGAAGAGCUGCUCUGCCGAGGGCAACAAGCCCCUCUGCAACGACGUCAAGGGACUGGUCGACUAUGGGCUCUGUGCCUUCAAGGCCACCGAACCUAUCUUCAAGAACCACCUCAGCCAGCUGCAGCAAGGCUCCGUCAACAUCACUGAGGCGAAAUGCGACAAGAUCAAGGAGCUCGACUCGGAUGCGACCGUCUGGCAGAAGACUCUGCCCAGCUACAUCGACAAGUUCGCCAAGCUGUGCGCGAGCGAGAAAUAGAGAAUCUGCAAGCGGACGCUUGAGUGGGUAAGAUAGCCUAGAUGGCUCGAGCCGUUGCUCGAAGCACCACUCUCGAGGAUUGAAGCAGCAUUGCUGCGUCGCUGGCCGAUGGAGGACCGUUGCAGUGUCUUGUUUGUUCGACUCUGGAAGUUUUGAUUUGAAAACUCGCAAUCUGUCACUCCUUUAAAGUUGUAUUUAGUUUCUGAGAUUUAGUUAUGCAGUUAUGUAUGUGUCUGUUGACCCGUCAUAAA